AUGGACAGCAAAUCUCCUGAAGACCUGAGAAAGAUUUUACCGUAUGCUUCAAAAGAGGGUGACCCCAAUCAGCUAUCUAAACAAGAAUUGAAGGAAUUAAUGGAGAAAGAAUUUCCAGAAAUACUAAAGGCAACUUCAGCUACUGAAGAUCUAUUCAAAGAGAUGGACAAAAAUAAUGAUGCGGAAGUCAGUUUUUAGGAAUUUUGAGUGAUAAUAGCCAAACUAAUGAAGUAG